AUGUAUAGGUUCAGUGCCAUUAUAAACAAUUUACACACAAAGGUAAUUAAUUUUAGUAAAAGCGAUGAAUUAUUAAAAUAUAGCAAAGCAAAGCUAUUAAACUGUGGAGCAUAUCACAGAUUUUCCACAAAUUUAGAGUCUAAUGAGAAUAUUAAACAUGAAAAUAUCGCAAAUACGUUAAAUUUAAAGAAUAACAACUACUUAGAAACGAAAUCUCCCGUAAAUAACCUAAAAAGCAGCUUCAACAGUAUCGUAAAGAUAUUCUGCGACUCUACCGACCCUAAUUAUGCUCAACCUUGGCAAAUGAGAAGACAAAUUAAAUCUACUGGUUCUGGAUUUGCCAUAGUGGGUAAGAUAAUAAUAACAAAUGCCCACUGCGUAUCCUGGAACAAUCGCUGCCUCUUGUCAAAGCAUGGGUCUGCGGUUAAAUACAGUUGUAGAAUCAAGGCUAUAGGCCACGAGUGCGAUUUGGCUGUUUUAGAAGUGGAAGAUGAUGAAUUUUGGCAAGAUAUAAUACCUUUAGAAUUGGGCCCAAUCCCUCAAUUGCAUGAUUCUGUCGUUGCAAUUGGUUAUCCCAGUGGAGGGGAUAAUUUGUGCAUAACUUCGGGAGUUGUUAGCAGAGUGGAUGUAACGACAUAUGCACACUCCAAUUUUAGGUUGCUUGGAGCCCAGAUAGAUGCUGCAAUAAAUCCAGGCAAUUCUGGCGGCCCGGCCAUGAAGGAUGGGAAAGUCGUGGGAGUGACAUUUCAAGCAUACGACGAGGCACAAAACAUCGGUUAUAUCAUUCCCACAAGUGUAAUAGAACAGUUUUUAAUGGAUCUAUCGCUACACAAUAGGUACACUGGGUUUGUAACGCUGGGUAUUUCGUAUCAGCUGCUAGAGAACAAGUCCUUGAAGUCUUUCUUUGGGUUAAAUGACCUGAAAGAAUCAGAUUUACCAGAAGGGGUUACUUCCAGUGGGAUUCUCGUUUGCCAGUGUGACACUACUAAUGCGGAUUCAAACAAUUACAAUCUAUAUGAGCAAGAAGUCGAUAGGGUAGAUAAUGAAAAUUUGAAUACUUUCCUUAAGUAUGAUAUAAUACUUGCAAUCAAUGGCCACAACAUAGCAGACGAUGGAACGAUCCAUUUUAGAGAUUCGGAACGAGUCCACUUAGCACAUUCACUGGCUGGGAAAUUUUAUGGACAGGUUUGCGAAGUAAUUGUUGUCAGAAAUAAGCGAGUAAUGACCCUUAAGAUCCAACUAAAGAAACCGAAAUAUUUAGUACCCGAACAUCAAUGGGACUUUAAACCGAGGUAUUACAUAUAUGGCGGCUUGGUAUUUCUGCCACUAACUAUGGAAUACUUAAAGGAUGAAUUUGGCAAAAAAUAUUACGAGCGAGCUCCUACGGCACUUUUAAAGCCGUUAACCGAAAUUUACGCCAAAAAGCCGGGCCAGGAAGUAGUCAUACUCAGUCAAAUACUGGCUUCUGAUUGUACUGUGGGUUACGACUUUAGGAAUAUAAGAUUAUUGACAGUCAACGACCGAGAAGUGUUAAAUUUGGGGCACCUUGAACAAUUGUUAAAUGAAUGUACACAUGAUUACGUUAAGUUUUGUUUUGAACAAAACUUGUGCAUAGUAUUAGGGGUUGAAAAGGUCAAACAAACGCAGCAAGAAUUACUAGUACAACACGCCAUACCGCACUAUAAAUCUGACACCAUAUAG